GAGAAGUAUAUCUCAUCUUUACGAUGCCAAAUAUAGAGAAACUUGCUUUACCAAUCUGGUGCUAUCAAACCGAGAAGUCAUUGCGGUUUGCUUUCAGUCAAUGGAAGAAUCUUAAAACAUUGAUCAUCGCUCAUGAACACUCUUACACCGGGAUUUUCGACUUUAAAGCUGUGGGAGAGAGCUGUAGUAACCUAACCAACUUAAAAUAUUUAGGUCAUUUGGAAGAUUACAAGACCAGGGAAAUCGUGCCUUACCUCCAGAGCCUCAAGAGGUUGAGUUUGCGAUGCUCUUUGGUUAGUUAUGAAGCAGUUUACUGGCUAAUCAUCGGCCUUCAAAACCUCACGAUGCUUAAUGUUUCACAUUGCAAAAACUCGUAUUUCCAUGCUAUUACGAGAUCUAGAGACGAUUUUGUUAUAACAACCGCCACUCAGAAGCUUGACAAAUUUAUCAUAUGUCCUCAAGAUUGUAGGAUUUGCAAAGAUCAUCAAUGUUGCUACUCCUGGUCAUAUCUCGCUGAGGAUUGGAGGAACGAUGAGAUAAAGGAACUUGAUUUCUGAAAUUUGUGAGAAGAGAUGUAUUGGGUAUGUAAUAAAAAUUUGAAUUAGUC